GUGGUGCAUUCGGCAGCUGGCGUAGGGCGGCUCACGCACACGGCGGGCGGCUCUUCCCCGACACCCCGUGCUCCGGCAGCAGCCGCAGACAACCAGCAGCAGCCACCGCCUGCCCGCACCUCGAGCUCCCCACCGCCACGGUCCCUGCCGGCCCAUGAAGUGAUUCAGGCAAGUGGCACAGCACCUUCUCUUGCCGUAGCCACCACACCGGGCACUGAGGUCUGCUGGCCAUGGGCAACCUGAUAAAGGUAUUGGGCAAAGAUUUAGAAAACUGUCCUCAUUUUUUCCUGGAUUUUGAAAAUGCGCAGCCGACAGAGGCUGAGACAGCGGUGUGGAACCAGGUGAACGCCGUGCUGGAGGAGGCGCAGGCUGUCCUGGCUGAGCUGCAGUCCUACACGGGUGCUGGGCAGGAGAUCCGAGAGGCCAUCCAAAACCCCGGAGACCUGCGGCUGCAGGAGAGGGCUUGGAGCGCUGUCUGCCCUCUUGUCGCCAAGCUGAAGCGCUUCUAUGAGUUCUCCCUGCGGCUGGAGAACGCCCUGCGGAGCCUGCUGGAGGCCCUCACCAGCCCCCCGUACGCCCCGACCCAGCACCUCGAGCGGGAGCAAGCCUUAGCCAAACAGUUUGCCGAGAUCCUCCACUUCACCCUCAGCUUUGAUGAGCUCAAGAUGACCAACCCUGCCAUCCAGAACGACUUCAGCUACUACAGAAGGACCAUCAGCCGAAAUCGCAUUAACAACCUGCAGCUGGACGCAGAGAGCGAGGUGAACAACGAGAUGGCCAACAGGAUGUCCCUCUUCUAUGCCGAGGCCACCCCCAUGCUCAAAACGCUCAGCAAUGCCACCACCAAGUUUGUUUCAGAGAACAAGACCCUCCCAAUCGAAGACACGACCGACUGCCUGAGCACCAUGGCCUGCGUCUGCAGGGUGAUGCUGGAGACCCCGGAAUACCGGAGCCGCUUCACCAACACCGAGACCCUCCUCUUCUGCAUGCGGGUGAUGGUCGGCGUCAUCAUCCUCUACGACCACGUCCACCCUGUGGGGGCCUUUGCGAAGACCUCCAAGAUCGAUAUGAAAGGCUGCAUCAAAGUCUUGAAAGACCAACCUUCAACCAGCACCGAGGGGCUCCUGAAUGCACUGAGAUACACUACUCGGCACCUCAACGACGAUACCACAUCCAAACAGAUCCGGGCCCUGCUGCAGUGAACGCAGGGCGGCCGCCAGAGCCACCCCGACCUCGCGCACGUCACCGUGUCACCUACGCCCAUGACCAUACCGCUCAUUUUGUACAGAGGGAAAAGGGACAAUAAGAAAUACACAGAAAUACAACAACAACAAAAAAUAAAAAUGGCCCAAGGCCACCCCACCACGUGCUCCUGGCCCCCCUUCUCACCCCCCAAAUCAGCACCCUGUUACUGGACGCAAGGUGUGGGUGGCACUGCGGGGACACCGCACCGGGGGUGCUGGGGCCAGGCAGGCUGGACCUGGGCAGGGAUGCGCUGAUGGGGCUGAUGGCAGCGAUCGCCCACGGCACGGAGGCACUUUGGGGAGGGGGGAAAGAGGCAGGUGUUGCCCCCAUCCCCAUCCUCGUCCCCGAGCAUCCAGCUGCGGAGGAGGAGGAAGAACCAUCCCUGCAGAUCUGCACUGACGCUGGUGGAUACGGCUCAGUCUUGCCUGGUAGAUUUUUAAUAUAAGCAAUUAAAUCUCCACUCACCUCUUCUUUUCUACAUUUUUUUUGGGUGUGAAAUAAAAUUACAUUUAAUCUGUU